AUGACGCGUAUUCUUCCCACUGCCCUGGUAAUGGGUGUAAUUGUAGGCCUCCUCGUCGCCGCCUACAUGAACGUGUUCAACGUGCCCGUCAUGGAAUGGGCCAUCGCCCUUGAAGGUUGCGACAUCGAUCGGGCCGGCUGCGCCGCGCAAUUGGCGGCAGCGGAAGACGAGGCGCCAUUGCCCCUGUCUUUCCUGACAUCCCUGGGCGGCCAGCGCAUUGGCAUGAGCGUCGGGCUGGCCGUGGUCGGCGUCCUCUGCGCCGCCGUUUUCACCGGUUUGUACCAUCUGAUGCGCAAUGCCACCCCGGGCUGGAACCCGUGGGCAUGGGCCGCGGUCGCCGGUCUGUUGGGUUUCUGGGGCGUGUCCUUGUACACCCAGAUAAAAUUCCCGCUCAACCCGCCUGGCAUCGGCAGUGAGGGCACGUUGCUGGCCCGUCAGGGCUUCCAGUUCCUGUUCAUCGCGGUUUCGACCCUUUCCGUCGCGGUCGUGGUGUACGGGGUCGGCGUGGUGAACCGGACUUCCGCGGCUUCGGGGCGUUGGCUGCGAUACGGUGGUAUCGGAUUUGCCUACACCGUGGUGGCCCUCCUCCUCGCGUUCGCCUUGCCCGGUGUGCGCGACGCCGCUCCCGACUGGCUGCCCCCCGAACUCACCAUCAUGUUCCGCACCUUCACCGCUGGCGGCCACUUCCUUCUGUGGAUGGGUAUCGCCUUCGCCACCAUCGGUUACCGCUACUAUCGCGAGCGUGACGUUCAUGCCUAUCCUCAAGUUUCCGGGCUCGGCCCGGGCCACGUCCGCCUGAUCCGAUGCUCUCAUCCGCUGACCCGGUGA